AUGGCUGCCGCGAACACUGCCCCCGCAAACCAUAUCCCACUCUGCGAGCCCAGCCCAGUGGACGACAUCAGCCCUCGCCUACCGAGAGUUGGCGAUCUAUUCGAUAGCUGGGACGACUUCCGCACGUGGUCUCGAAAGGCCGCCGAAGCACGUGGAUUCACGCUCAGCCAAUCGCAAUCCAAAGGGAGCUCAGGCACAAUCGUACUCCGAUGCAGCCGGUUCAAAGAGCCUGGGACGGUCGGCCAGAAGAUGGCCGAGAACGGCUGUAAGGUGGUUUUCAAAGUCAUGAGGGCGAAGCCAGGCGUGGAAGGUUUUGAGGUCGUCUAUGCCUUUGAGGAGCACAACCAUCCCUUCGGGCCCGACAUGCCCGUUGGACACCGUCCUGGUACCAGUCUGUCAGGCCAGCCACCGAAGAGAAAGAAAGUCAAGACGAGCGCAUCAGGGGCCACCAGUGACGUCGGUAUGGCCGGCUCAAGUCACUCCCAGAACGUCUCCAAUGGAGCCACUCCUCCCGCCUCGAGCUCAAAGCCAUUCCUCUUCGAUCCUUACACCGGCAAGCCCAUCCGCUCAUCCGCCACUCCAGUCCCAACCGCAAAUACUCCCAGUCCACCCACCCAUCUUGAUCCCAUCCACCAGCCAGCCAACCCCACACUUCCUCCACCAGCCGGCCAGUCCCUCCCGCGGGCCCCCAGUAGUCUCAGUGGUACCCCCCGCAGUCACUCCUCCCGUGCAGGCUCACGUACAGCAAACUAUCCACAUCCAGGCGCGGUCAUCCCUCAGCAGGCUGAGAGCUACCCAGCAGCAAUCUCCCCGAAUACCGCAGCAAACCAUCUACCGACGGGGAUGGGUAUGACUACCCCUAGCACCCACUCCGGCCCACUCAAAAGCUACCCCCCACUGAGCGUCCGACUAUCCGUCAAAGCCCAGAAUUCGAUCACCGAAUUUCUCAGCAGUCUGUCGCCUGCCUUGGCCCCCUAUGGUACUCAUUUUAAAUGGCUCGGCGUCCAAUCUCCUGCAGAUCUUUUGGGCUUAGUCGAAUCUGGUGGCGAGGAGGAGCUCGAAGUGUUCUUGGACGAGAUCGAUACGUGUGGGAUCGGUGCACGAGGUGAAGGGGUCAGUCAGGAGGAAAAAUCUUUAAUCAUCAGGGGCUUGAGAAAACUGAGUGGAAUCAAAAGUAAAUCUUCAACAUAA